AUGUCAAACAAUGCAUCGGGCAAUGCGGCGAAGCCGAGCAGCAGCGUCAAGCUGGUACUACUUGGUGAAGCUGCAGUCGGCAAGAGCUCGCUAGUCUUACGAUUCGUCAACAACGAUUUCCAGGAGAACAAGGAACCAACAAUCGGCGCAGCUUUCCUCACCCAGAAGAUCCAGCUUCCGAACAGGGUCAUCAAGUUCGAGAUAUGGGACACAGCUGGUCAAGAACGAUUCGCCUCCCUCGCACCCAUGUAUUAUCGCAAUGCACAGGCCGCUCUCGUCGUAUACGAUCUGACCAAGCCGACUUCCCUCAUUAAAGCCAAGCAUUGGGUUGCCGAGCUUCAGAGGCAAGCAUCGCCCGGCAUUGUUAUUGCCCUUGUCGGUAACAAGCUCGAUCUUUGUGCUGAGCCGUCGGAUUCCGAAGCCGCUACUCCUACACCGUCCGAAAGCGCUGAGUCAGACACAGCAGACGCAGAAGAUGCGGAAGCUGCAGAGGUUGGAGAUGCAAGAAAAGUGCCCACUCGAGAGGCCAAGUCAUACGCUGAAGAAGAGAGUCUUUUGUUUUUCGAAACUAGCGCCAAGCUGGGGACAAAUGUCAGCGAUGUCUUCACGGCGAUUGCAAAUGCUAUCCCAGAGAAGGAGCUGAAGCCCGGAAAAGGUGCUGGCACCGGACGAGGCACAGACUCGGCCAUCUCCAAUGCGGCCGGAAGUGCUGGACAGGCGACGGUCAAUCUGGCUGAUCGAGCCAAGCAGCAGAAGGACAACUGUGCCUGCUAG